GCUUCAGAUGGGCUCCUUGUUUUAGGACCGCUUACCUUUCUUGUUUUACCUCACAAAAAUGACACCAGUGUUGCUGUUUUCCACACAACCAGUGCGUCCUUAGAGUACGCUCUCGGCUAUACUUACACCAAGGGAAGCGCUCGAGAAAACUUGGACCGAAGGGAUGCGCCAGCGAGUGCACAUCUUGGCAGGGAUCAGUUAUUGAGGAUUGGAAAUGGCUCAGAGGAGGCUAUCCCCGUGGAUUGAGACUGUUCUGUCUUAAAAUAAUCUCACUCCAAGCGCGCAGAACUUAACAUUUUCACGCACAAGACAUCUGCUUCUGCUCCUCAAGAUUGCAGGACGACGCUGGACGCAUUCCUUUUCAAUUCUAACGCGGAAAGUUGAAUGGAUUUUUAAGUUAUUUUCAUGUGGCGGAGGUUUGAGGGUUAGACACCUGCCUCUGGGAUCACCGGUGGACGCAUCAGUUGCGGACGGAUUGGAUACGCGUCAAGCGCGCAUAGAGAAGUCUCUGGAUCAGGCAGAUCUUCUGAUGACCCAAUGGAACUGAAUUUACGAGUAGUGCUGUUUUGGAUCCUGGUGCUGCACUGUGGUUCUACUGAAGGCGGCAUCCUGUACCGGGUCCAGGAGGAGCAGCCUCCAAACACCCUGAUUGGUAGCCUGGCAGCAGACCAGGGCCUCCCUGAUUCUGGUCAUCUCUACAAGCUGGAGGUGGGCACCCCUUACCUUCGUGUCGAUGGAAAGACCGGAGACAUUUUCACCACGGAGAUUCCCAUUGACAGAGAGACACUCAGGGACUGUCGAACCUUGGCGAAAGGGAGGCCCUGCUACCUGGAGUUUGAAGUAUCAGUGACAGAUCUGAUACAAAACCAGAGCCCACGACUCAUUGAAGGACGCAUUGAAGUGCAGGACAUCAAUGACAACACUCCACAGUUUCCCUCUUCUGUGCUCACCAUCUCUGUCCCUGAAAACACCAUCAUGGGGGCGCUGUUCUCCAUCCCCCUUGCUACAGACAGAGACUCAGACAGGAACGGUGUGGCUGAUUAUGCUCUGACAGCGGGACCAGAUGCUGCAACCCUCUUUGGCUUACAGGUGGCUGAGGACAGGGGGGGAAAGCUCCCGCAGCUCAUCGUCCUCGGAAACCUAGAUCGUGAGUUAAAGGAUUCUUAUGAUCUCACCAUCAAGGCGGUAGACGGAGGAAACCCUCAGCGUUACAGCAGUGCUUUACUGAGGGUGGUUGUCACUGAUGCCAAUGACAAUGCCCCCAAGUUUGAAAAGUCCACGUAUGAGGCGGAAGUGUCUGAAAACAGUCCAGUGGGGCACUCUGUGCUGCAGGUCAAAGCAAAUGACUCCGACAUGGGCCCAAAUGGAGAAAUUGAGUACACCCUUCACCAAGCAGUAGACCCAGUACCAAAACUCUUACGGAUUGAUCGCUCCACUGGCAUUAUAUAUGUUAAAGGACCACUGGACAGGGAGGAAAUCAACAGCUUGUCCUUCUAUGUAGUAGCGAGAGAUAAGGGUCCCCAACCUAAAAACUCAAAGACUUUUGUAACCAUUGAAGUGACUGACCAGAAUGACAACGCUCCAGCAGUGGAGAUCCGUGGGAUUGGCCUUGUGACGCACAGCGAAGGAGUGGCUAACAUCUCAGAGGACAUGCCGGUUGGAACAGCCGUCGCCUUGGUGCAAGUGUCCGACAAGGACGAAGGGGAGAACGCGGUGGUCACUUGUGUAGUCGCAGGAGAUGUGCCCUUCCAGCUCCGUCCAGCCAGCGACUCAUCCAGUGACAACAAGAGGAAGUAUUUCCUGCAGACCACCACUCCCCUCGACUUCGAAAGGGUAAGGGAUUACCGAGUCGAGAUUGUAGCUGUGGAUUCUGGCAAUCCGGCGCUAUCGAGUACAAACUCUUUGAAGGUUCAGGUGACCGAUGUGAACGAUAACUCUCCAGUGUUCUCCCCGACAUUGUUCGAGGUAGAUUUUGCUGAAGAAAACCAACCAGGGGAAAAGGUCUUGGAUGUUAUAGCCUCAGAUGCUGACAGUGGCACCAAUGCAGAGCUCCUCUACAGUAUCGUGGCAGACUCAUCAAUCAGAGGAUUGUUUGAGAUUGACCCAAAUACAGGAGAGGUAAGAGCCAGAAGCCCCCUUGACCGUGAGCAAAAAGAAAGCUAUGAGUUCAGAGUCACGGCAGCAGACAAAGGGUCACCAGUGCAUAAAGGAACGGCGACUGUUGUAAUAAAAGUUCUUGACCGCAAUGACAAUGACCCUAAGUUCAUGCUUAGUGGCUACAGCUUUUCUGUGUUGGAAAACAUGCCUCCCCUGAGUCCUGUUGGAAUGGUGACAGUUCUGGAUGUGGACAAAGGUGAAAAUGCUCGUGUUCAUCUCUCUGUAGAGCCUGAUGGAGGGAAGUUUGUAGUUCAAAAUGGCACAGGCACCAUUCUUUCAAGCAUCUCAUUUGACAGGGAGAAAGAAAGCAGCUAUACUUUCCGUCUUAAAGCAGUGGAUGGAGGGGAACCACCCCGGUCUUCAUAUGUUGGCGUCACCAUCAACGUACUGGAUGAAAAUGACAAUGACCCUGUCGUCACCAAGCCCUCCAAUUCUUCCUACAGGCGCCUGUCACCUUUAGCUUCCCCUGACAGCCAUGUUGAGAUAGUAGAGGCUGAAGACCUGGACAGUGGGCCUAAUGCAGAGCUGGUGUUCAGUAUAGCUGGUGGAAAUCCUUACCAAUUAUUUCGCAUCUCCCCAUCCAGUGGGGAAAUCACUCUAGCAAAAGAGAUGACCCGGAAACAUGGUGGACUACAUCGCCUAGUAGUGCGAGUUAGUGACAGGGGGAAGCCUGCACGUCAUGCCACUGCCCUGGUCCACAUCUACGUCAAUGAAACCAUUUCAAAUGUCAGCUUAGUGGAAGCUCUAGUUGGACACAGCCUUUACACUCCACUGGACAGGGACAUUGCUGGUGAUCCUGACAAUGGCUUCGCUGCCCAACGUAGUAACAUUUUAUUUGGAAGUCUGGCUGGUGUGGCGGGUGUUGUCAUGCUGAUCUUGGUGGUGGUAUUCAUACGACACCGCAUCCAGAGGGAAACAAAGAGUGGGUAUCAAGCUGGCAAGAAGGAAACAAAAGACUUAUAUGCACCCAAGCAGGCACCAAAGAAUGCCAAAGGCAAACGAGGAAGGAAAGGGAAACCCCAGAAGUCCCCAAAACCUCUGGGCGAAGAGGAGGAGGUCAGUCUUCAAAAGAGCCUCAAGUUCAAUCUAGAUGGUGUCAACGAUAGCCCCAGGAUACAUCUGCCCUUAACAUAUUCACCAGGAAGUCCUGAUAUAGGCAGGCACUACCGCUCUAAUUCCCCCUUACCCUCAAUCCAGCUGCAGGCCCAAUCUCCCUCAGCCUCACAGAAGCAUCAGGCUGUUCAGGACCUUCCUGCUGCCAACACCUUUGUAGGAACAGGGGGGGAUGACAACUCUACCGGCUCAGACCAGUACUCAGAUUACAGCUACAAGACCAGCCAACCCAAGUACAACAACAAACAGCAUCCCCAUCGACGAGUGACCUUUUCCACCACCAACCCGGUGCAGGACCUGCAGGACUCCUCUCAGCACAGCUACUAUGACAGCGGCUUGGAGGAAUCAGAGACUCCCAGCAGUAAGUCAUCGUCUGGCCCUCGUAUCGGACCCCUGACCCUGCCUGAGGACCACUAUGAGAGGACCACUCCAGAUGGCAGCAUCGGAGAGACCGAGCACCCUGAAAAUGACAUCCGCUCCCUCCCUGAUGUGGCGAUGACCGGAAACUGUACCAACGAGUGCAGCGAAUUGGGCCACUCAGACGCCUGUUGGAUGCCCGGGCAUCCCUCCCCAGUACGCAAGACCAGGAACCCCCCGAAACUCUCCACCUUCGUGCCUUACCAGGAGAGAGGGAGCCUGGGACGCCUGGCCAAUGGGAGCGCCAGGCUGGGUGGAGAGGAGCAGCACCGCUCGCGCCUCCCACCCUCUCGCAGUGCCUAUUCCAACAGUGGUCACGACGCCAGUCAGGACUGCCCGCUAGAGGAGAUGCCCCUGAGCGUGGCCUCUGAGUUCCCGCCCACCUCCCCUACCGCCCACACUCCAAAAAGAGAAAUCUACCUGUGAGGAAUAUCGUUGUCGGAUUGGUGCACAAAUGAAGAAAAAGAUACACCCACUUUAGUAGGAGGAACAGGCUGUCCACAUGCUAAAGCCAAUGCCCGUUUUGUAGGAAACAAUAGGCUGUGACUCAUCAAUCACUGGCAUGAACACUUGCUUUUAGUCAUUUCCUCCUUAAAUUAUUAAUUUAUUAGCAUAUUUAUUAAGGAUUCCACAAAGUUAAUUGAUGCACUCGCUCAUUUAUUUAUGGUGAAUCUUGAUGGGUACAAUUCAAACGGUUCAAAAAGAAAUGCAGAUGGUAAUUGCUACUUUAGCAGUAACUAAUUAUCGUUGUAGUUAGCCAAGUCCCAUUCUGUGAAGUGAUCUCUUGAAUUUGAAAGUUGUGAUCAGUGCUCUUGUGCCAUGAUUAGAUCUAUAAUUUACUAGACAGCCAGUCAGGCCCUAUCAGAAGGCAUAUGAUCAAAUGAAAAGGUCUCUCUUAAUGUACAGUGCUGUAAAUACAUUUUGAAUGGUGUGUUCUACAUAUAUUUUUGUCUGGCAUAAGCUGAAAAAAGAGAAAAAUUGCCUCAGAAUUUUUAGCAUAUUUAAGCUUUUCUUUGCUGCUGCUGUUUAGACUUGAUUGAAAUCAUCUCCAGACGUGGAGCUCGAUGUUGUGGUAGGCAUUUAUCCGCUCCAUACAAUCACACACACACACACAAAUACACACAAACACACCUUUCGACCCAUAAUCAUAGCAGAAUGGCCUUUACCUCCGCUCCCCGUAGAGCUCCACCACUGGUGGAGAAAAGCUGUGUGGCAACAUUUAAACUGACAUUAUGUUCCACCGACUCUCAGCACUGUGACCUAUCGUUCAUCAUGAAAACGGUUGACUUGGCCGCAGUACCCCCCGAGUCACAACGACUGAAUGCUGAGUGCUGAUUGGCUUCUCUCAUAAGACCUUGUGACUCACACUUUCGCUGAUGAAACCAUACCAGUGUAUCAGUGUGAAACUGCUCCUCUCUAUAGUGACAAUCAGACCAGCUCACAAUCUUUUCUCCCUUAAGCUCAAGCCCUCCUCUCUCACCAUCCAUAGAAACUCCCACAGAUAUAAUGAAUGCAUCAGAAUUAUUCACAUGAAAGGGCACUUGAGCAUACAGAGCCAUUGUAAAGACUUAGUACUUAUGAAAGCUAAUAUACUACUUAUGUAAACUACCUUCAAGUUCUGCAGGGCAUCUGGCUGCAGACCUCUGUUUGUGAGGCAUUUUAAGCUAAUCUGUUGCAGAACUCUACAAUAGGGUGACUUACAUUUUAUCAACCUAACCCUAACCAUUAGGGUGCAGGCAGCUUACCCUAACCCCCUUUGGAUUUUUCUUAGUUUGAGAUGUGUAAUUUUGUGAUUUUUAUCUCCCUCCCCCUUACACGAACUCUAACCUUUAGGGUACCCAACCCUAACCGUCUUUGGGUUUUCUGUAGUUUGUGGUGUGUAAUUUUCAAUUUUAUCCCCCUCCUCUUAACUCUAUCCUUUAGGGUGCCUAAACCUAACCGUCUUUGGGUUUUCCUUUGUUUUUAGUAUGUUAUUUCCAAUUGUAUCCCCCUUCCCCUUCCCCUAACCGUCUAAGGAUUUGGGCCCUAACCCUAACCCUAACUGGGUUUUCCAUAGUUUGUGGUGUGUCAUUUUCAAUUGUAUCCUCUCCUCUUUACCCUUACCCGUAGUUUGUGGUGUGUAAUUUUUAAUGUUGUCCCCCUUCCUUUACCUUAUGGUCUGGACGCCUAACCCUAACCUGCUUUUAGGAUUUCUUAGUUUGUGUUGUGUUAAUUUAAAACUAAUCUCCCUCAAUAAAUUUCCAUUUUUUAUUCAUUUAAUUCUGCUGUUGUGAAACAUAGCCACUUACUGUACCGUCUGACAGCAAGUGGAAAACGUACGUCAUUCUGCACGCCAUUCUUGUUCCGGCUUGGGUAACAUAUGUCACUUCCUGUUUCACGGUGGAAGUCGCCUCAUUGUAGAGUUCUGCAACAGAUAAACCCAAAACACCCCGCCAUUGAGGGCUUCAGCCAGAUCCUCUUGAAAGUUCUUGAUUUUUUUAUGUGCUUACCAGACUUGUGCAUCUGCAGAGGUGAAAACAGGGCAUGCUUUGUGAAAUAAGUGAAUUAAAAGUUUGGCCAUCAAGACUAAUGUAAAGAAAUGUUCAAAGAAAUCCUAACUCUACCAAGAUUUUAAAACAUUUUUUGAUUUCCUGUCAAAAGAGGAUCUCUAAAAUCUGACUGAAGGAGACAGACUCCAUUUACUGCAACUGCAGUUAAUUAUGAUUUCCCUUGUAUUGAGGACAACAUGCUUAAUAAAUUAUCAGGCAUUUCCCCUCCUCUGGCUAUUGAACAGAGGAUAAAAAAUAGGGCAUGCCCGUGGGCUUCAUUUAUCUUUACAAAGAUUUUUCCAAGUGAAUCUGAAGGAUACGUCUGAAGGACACUCUGUAUUAGUCAGUAAUUGGAUGUUAAUGAUGACAACACGAGGCUGCCUUACAACAUCCCGGCGCGAGCCGCUGUCUUUGAUUUAAACAUUGAUUUGAUUAGAUUUGUUAGAUACCUUUCACCUCUGCAGAGUAUUUCCAGCAUGAGAUUGUGUCUCUGAGUAAGGGUGGAAGAGCCCAGAAUGGACAUUUCCUAAUUAGGGUGAGUAAUGAGUCCUGAGCGAGGGCAUGUGUGAGCACACCCCCAGGACAAGGCACCCACCAGAUAAUGCAAAUCUACCCUGCAGAGCUACAAUCAGUUAAAAGGGGUAUUUUUAUCAGCACUUACCUCAUCAUGCUGCCAUUGGAAAGUGCGUUUAGAAUAAUUAAACUGAAAACAUAUGGAAAUUACUGGACAUGGCCAUGAUUAAAUAAGGUGGGCGAUUAUCCUGCCUUGAGGGGGAGAAAGCACAUUAUGCUGUUUUCAAAGCCAUUUAGCGAGUGAAAUAAAAAUUCAAACAACAGCCAUGAUACACUGUGAUUAAACCCCCACGGCUUCCCCCCGUCACUCUCUCUCUCCCCGACAAGCAGAGCUGUGGAUAGCUGCUUCACCAACUCAAAGUACCGGGUAAGAUCACUGACCUGGAAUUAAUGACAAGUGAGAAAGAUAGCAAUGACUGAUAAAACCAGUGUCAAAAAGCCUCAAUCACAACGUUAUCUAUUGAAACGCUUUGACUGGAUUCAGAUUCUCUACUGUUUUUGCAUCAAGAGUUAUCUCUGACUUGAUUCCAGCCUAGGAAAAUCUGGAAUGUAUCUUAAGAUUUGUCACCAAUAGAAACUGAAGUGAGAGAAACUUCUGUCUCUUCAAAAUAAAAGCAAGCCUGGGCCUAUUUUUCCCAGCCGUCCUCCCUGCCUCUCUUAAUGAGUUGGACUCCAGCCGAUAAUGACCUCCUGCUACUCACCCCUGGAACAAUAUAUCACCAGGUUUGACCUUUCUUUUGAACUCAUGCUGAAUGAACUGUGUUUACGUGUCUCUCUAACACAGAGCGAGCGGUUCUCCUUGAUCAAAGUAUGAGGGAGGACAUCAUGAAGCACCUAAAUACACUCAAAAGUAUGUUGAAUAAUGUUUAAUUUGUACUUGACAUUGAUUUAAUGUUGAAUUCACUUGAGUAUCUUUUGCCUCUCUGUGGUGUGUAUUGUAUGGUGAUCAUUUCUGUGGACAGAUGGACAAAUCGCUGUACUGAAAUUGGCAAGGGGAUAUAUUUUUUAUUUCUUACACAUCAAAGACUCUUAGCGUACUGGUUGUGUGAAAAAAUAACGAAAUCUUUCGGUGGUGUAGUGUACAUAGAUCUCCACAACCCUGUCAAAGCAGGCGAUGAUUUUAGCAUGAAUUCCAAAGAUAAUUGGUAGAAACUGUUUACUCUUUUCUUUUCUCUUUUUUCCUUUCUGAAAUGUCAGUGCUGGUUCAUAUUCACAAGGCCCGCUACCCAAACGAACUGAAAUUAAACUGAACAUUUCAUCUUUUUCACAGUUCAUCUAGAAACAAAGACAAUUGCCUUGAAAAUACGUCUUUGCAAGAGAGAAUCUAGUUGUUAUCCUAAUUGUUGGUAUAUUUAUAUAGGAUAAAAUGCUUGUGAUGCCAUGUUUUUGUACAGUUUUAUGUACAUACAAGUGAAGCUUUCUAAAAGUUCUGAGAAAAGCCGAUGGCAUAUAAAAAUUGUAACAUGUUUUUUCUUGAGAUGUGCACAUCUUGCCUUGGUUGGAUUGACCUUUGCUGAGUCAGUGUGAAUGUGGCCGUUCUAUGCCUGCACUGUAGUCAUUCACCGGCUCCCACCUCCUGAGGACUUAAUCAGUUUUUAUGUUUAUCGUGAACAGUGGAUUGUCUUAUCUUACCAGUUUGUUAAACUCCUGUGUUUCGGCUUUGUUCUGUUUUUCGCAUGUUGACAAAUUCUCUUGUAAUACUGUAAGUCCUCAUGAACUUUGUAAUAAAAUCAC